ACACCCUUUAGUUCUUAAAGGUGCAUUUUGGAUACCUUUUUGUAUUUUCAUAACUAGAUAUUGUUGAGGGCGCCUAUUCGAUUUAUAAAAAAAUGGCUUCUUGUUAUUUUAUUAUUUUUCUACAAAGAGUGAAAUUUCCAUUGAGAAAACAUUUUGUGUCAGAAAAUAUGUCUUGCGCCCCUUACAUUUGAUGCCCCGGCAAAAUUUCCGGUUUGCCGCUCCUGGCGACAGCCUUGGUUAUAGAAUCGUCGACGUUUCGUUGUUAAUUUGGAUCUUCUUCAAGACUAAAACAUUCAUUAAUUAAUUAUAAAUAUUGGCUUUGACAUAAACAUUACGAACAAUACAACAGUGCACAAGAAAUUGCUUUAGCACAAAAAACACAAAAUAUUAUAUUAUAAAAACGAAACUAUAAAAUAAAAUAUACUAUAUACAUUAAAAUAUUCUACAGAAGCAGCCAGAUACAUCAAGACGAAAAAUUAUUAAACUUAUAUGGUGCUCAAAUUGGAUUUAUCCUCUCAAAUGGAUUUAUAAGGUAGCACGAUAUAAAUGUUAAACCUUUAGGUCAUUACAUAUAAAAUUAAUCUCUGAAUAAUAUAUUCAACUCAAAAACAGUCAAUCCUGUCAAUCUGAGAUGGGAUGGAUGAAUUAUAUUGAGAUGUAUAAUAAUAUUGUUAUCAACUUUCUAUUGAUUUCAACAAAUACAAAAAUUUAACAACAACAAAAAUUUGAAAAAAUUAAACCAUCAAACUGGUGCAUUUUUUCCUGCAGUUUUGUAUUUGUCGAAGUCAAUAAAAAGUUGAUAACAAUGUGAUUAUACCUUUCAAUAUGUUCCAUUCAUUCCAUCUCAUUGUUCAAAUGCAGAUUGACAGGAGUGAUGACCGUUUUCCAGUAGACAUUAUUAUAAAGUGAUUAAUUUUUAUAUGUAAAAUGACCUAUAGAUGUUUAACAUUCACAACGAGCUAGAUGUCCAUUUGAAAAGGUAAAUCCAAUUUGAGAACCAUAUAGGUAAGUUUAAUAAUUUUUCGUUUUGACCUAUCUGCCAUCUGGCUGCUUUUUCAGAAUAUUUUAAUCUAUAUAGAAUAUUUUAUCUUAUAUCUUCGUUCUUAUAAUGAACUAGUGGAAAAAAUAAAAGGAUCAAAAUAAAAUUCAAAAUUUUUAGCGGUUUUUCAAACGUCUGUAAUUUUGAUAAAAAUGGUCGUAUCUCAAUUUAAAAAAAACUUAUUGAAGCUUGAAAAUUAUAGUUCAGAGAUCACAUGAUGAAAAAAUUUUUCAAGCAACGUGUAAUGCUCAAUCUCAAUGAAAACAGUAAAUAAAAUUUCUGCGAAAUUUUUUCAGUUUUUAAUUUUGGUAUACAGACUUGGAAAUUUUUUUCCAACUUAACCACUUUAUGAAUGAUGAAACUUGUUCACUCUGCUUCAAAAUCCUUCUUUCAAAACGAUACGAGAACUUCUCGCUGAAAUAUCGAACUUUGACCUUGUUGUCUUUAAUCAUCAAUAUCAUUCAAAUUUUUGAUUUUGAUUUGAAUCUCUCAUAAAAUGAAGAAAUAAAAUUUUUGAGUUUUUUUUUGCUUUUUUAUCAAUAUUAAAUUUAAAUUCAUGAACUACUUUAUUUUUUAUAUAAAAAAAAUUUCUUUUCACUUUUUUUUUAUUGACUCCAAAUAAUUCAAGACAAAAUGUUAUUAUCAUUUCUUAUGCGAUUCCGUGAUCUCAUUCUAUGAUCUUGAUGAUAAAAUCCAAGGGAAUUUCGAACUCGAUCUACUCGCCUUUCAGAAAUUUUCAUCUACCGAACUUUUACAAAGGUAAAAAAAACCAGUUUAUUUUCAAAACAAAUAAAAUAGCUACUUCUUAUAGAAUGUUGAUUCAAGAUUUCAAAACAUCCCUUAAAUUUUCUGUGCAAUCAUUGAUUGGUGAGAUAUUGAUAGUUGAAGACAAAAAGGUCCAUUUCAAUUCAAAGUUCCAUAUUUCAGCGAGAAGAGCUCGUAUCGAAGUUUUGAAAAAGGGAUAUUGAAGCUGAGUGAACAAGUUAUCUCGUCCAUAUAGUGGUUGAGUUGAAAAAAAAGUUUCCAAUUCUGUAAACCAAAAAUAAAAACUGAAAAAAUUUCUCAGAAGUUUUUUUUACUGUCUUCAAUAGCACUGAGUGGUACACUGUGCUCAAACAAUUUUUUGAUCAGGAGAUCUCUAAACUAUAAACUUCAAGAUUCAAAAAUUUUUUUUUUUCAAAUUCGGAUUGGUCUAUUUUGAUCGAAAAUACAGUCAUUUGAAAAACCACUGAAAAUUUCGAAUUUUAUUUUGAUCCUUUAAUUUAUUCCCUUAGUGUAUUAUACUUUGUGUUGCUAAAGCAAGUUCUUGUGUACUGUUGUAUUGUUAGUAAUGUUUAUGUCAAAUCCAAUAUUUCUAAUAAAUUAAUGAAUGUUUCAGUCUCGAAAAAGAUCCAAAUUGGGAUAGAAACGUCGAUAAGUCUUCAAAGAUUUGUUAGAUUGGACCUGUACUCAAGCCACAAACCCAUAAUUCGAUCAAUGCGAUUUAAGGACACCAAGAAGACUUUUUUCGUAAAUUCUUCGUAUUUCGAGAUACAGGAGGACAGAUUGAUCAGACUCCUCUAUGGAUACAUCCUAGUAGACAGAAUAUUGGACGAAGAGGGUAAUACACUUUUCCACUUACUAGCAGAAAGAAAAACAGUAAGUUGUCUCACCGAUUCCUUAGCUAGUUGUAUACACAUAAAGAAUAAAAAUGGCGAAACACCUCUACAUAUCUCAAUCCGGCUGAAAGAUAAAAUAGGAAUUCCACACUUUUUACAACUUGGAGCAGAUGUAAACGAUAUUUUGCCAAUAGGUGUACACAAAGGCCUAACACCCUUGAUAAGUUUCUUCAAAGACAAAUAUAUUGAUCUUGAUAGCAUUUUUAUGCUACUACAGCAUCCAAGAAUUAAUGUUAAUGCUGUAGAUCACAGAGGCAAUACCGCCCUUCACUUGAUGUCCAAGGGUGUUAGGUUCAAGAAGCUAAGAAAGGAAUGUGAAAAACGAGAAAAUCAAGAUUUAAUCCUGAAAUUUAAGUCUAACAUCAGCAUCAGGAACAAGUAUGGGUUUACACCUUUGCUUCUCUACUUAUCAAGCAUUGAUGAAGACUUCUCAUUCUUCCACCUUCUUCUGACCAAUGGAGCAGAUGUCAAUGCCACAAACAUAGAGGGGAAUACAGCUCUUCACUACGCAGCUAGAAAAAAAAACCUUAAUAUUCUAGAAUCACUUAUAAAGCACGGAGCUAAAGUUGACGUGAAAAACAGCGCAGGUUCAACACCUUUGAGCAUUUUGUGCAAUAACUACCAUUGCUAUUUAUAUUGCCUUCUAUUGCUUUUGAAGAGGAAGGCUGAUAUUAAUGUGGUUGAUAACGUUGGAAAUACACCAUUACAUUACUUGUCCUCGCAGAUUGAACGCAGAAAACGAGAAAUGUUCGGACAAUUCCUCAAUUACAAACCCAUUAUCAAUUGUAGAAACGCUAAGGGUCUAACUCCUUUAGUGCUUUUAUCCAGAAACUGCCAUGCUGAUCAUAAUUUAUUUGCCGAGCUUUGUAAGGAAGGUGCUGAUGUCAACGUACUUGACAAUGAAGGUAACUCGUUGCUUCACUUGGUGGCAGGUUUUAGGCCAGGUCGGGGUAAGGAAGACAUGAUGAAGCUUCUUUUUACCCACGAGGAAUUCUCACAAGAUAUCAACCUAAGGAACAAUAAAGGUUCAACACCUCUACAUGUCUUAUGCAGAAGUAGCGAACAUCAUAUUGAACCUUUUGCUUUACUCUUGAACGCAGGCGCUGAUGUUCAUUUGGUGGAUGAUGGAGGAAACAGUGCUCUUCACUUGGCAGCGGCUGCAAAAGACGAAGGUGAAAAAGCUGAAAUUUUAUCAAUACUGAUAGUGCAUGGGGCAAAGGUUAACAUGAAAAAUAACGACGGUUUAACUCCUCUAGAAGUUUUAUUUAAACGAAGAGAAGAAGAAUGCGAACUGUAUCCCCUGGAUGAAGGUGACCCUCAAAUUAUCGAAAAAAGUGGAGAAAGUGAUGAAGAUGGGGAUUAUUCUGAUAUAGGCAAGAUUACUUGGAAUUCUAUGAGGAGUGUAAUCAAAUUCGUUUUCAGGUACAAAAUUGAACAGUUCUCAUUUUAUGUACUUUUGAGAGCAGGAGCUGAUGUAACUGUUAUUGAUGACGAAGGUAACACAUUGCUUCAUCUGGUAGCAGCCAUGAGAGAGUCUCCCGACAAACAGGAAAUAUUGAAGAUGAUAUUGAACAAAAUGCUUAACGUCAACGCCAAGAACAAAGAUGGUUUGACACCAUUACUCGUUUUGUGCAAAAGUGGAGAUCUUAGUCUUAUCCACUAUUGUUUGUUAUUGAGAGCAGGAGCUGACAUCAUGGCAACAGACUCUUCUGGCUGUACCCCCCUCCAUUUUGUCGUUAGAGAGAAGGAUAAAACCGAAAGAAAGCUGGAAGUCAUGAAGCUUCUCCUGGCGAAUGGAGCACAGGUUAAUGUUAGGAACUACGCGGGAUCAACACCGUUCCUUGAAUUAUGUAGAAGCAAGGAGAGUAAUCUGGAGUUGUUUACGUGUCUUCUGGCACAUGGCGCCGAUGUUAACAUGUCGGAUUACAAAGGUUAUACCCCUCUCCACCUCAUCGUAGGAAACAACAACCUACUGUGCUACUUGUUGGUGUCCAACCGUGCUGAUGUGAAUGCCAAGACGCAUCUCGGUAUCAGCACAUUUCAGUUGAGUUUUGAAGAUUACAAAUGUGCAGAGAAAUUGAUGGAAUGUGGUGUAGACAUGGCUAAGUUGUACUUUCCACAUACGAAUGAACAGACGGUGCUUUUCUGCGAGGUGACGUGGAAACAUAUAUUGUUGAGAAAAUCGAAAGACCCAACAUGGACGCAUCCUCACGUUGAGAAAUUCAUGGAACGUUCUCAGAAUAUGUUCCAUGAGAAAUUUAGGGCAUAUACAAGUGAGGUGAAGGAAGAUAUUGACAAAUUGAAAGCAGCGGGUAUUGGUAAAACUGGACUAACCCUGUAUGAUAUUAUUACGUCCAGUAUGGAUCAGAAUGUUAGAUACUUCAGGGAUGAGAAUGUUAGGGAGCAAAUUAAUCUGGUGUCUGGACGCUCUGCCUAUUCCCGAUUCUACCAGUGCUUGAACAGGAAGAUGCACCAAGCACUUACGAGACGGAGUUUGUUGCAAAGCUGUAUUGAUCGUCUUCACGUGAUAUUCAAUCGAAACAUUCCUGUGCCUUGUUUAGAAAAUAUUCUGUUUUAUCUCGGGGAAGAAUCCUUGAGAAAAUUGGUCAAGACAUAUGAACUGAUUACGGGCUCCAGAUCGUUGUAGA